UGAUAAUUGAUUAAAAUACAUAAAAAAAACAUGUAUCGGUAUUGUAAUAGACAUGGAUUGACAGUUAUAACAGCGGCAGCUAUUGUUGGCUGUCAUCAUCAGUGGUGGUGGUGGCAAAACAGUUGUCAUAAGCACCGGGAUAUUGUUGACACACUAUGUCCAAAUGAAUUGUCGACAGUGGAUGACCAACAACAACAACAACAACAACAAUACGGACAGACAGUUGACUAUCGGUUGAUGAAAAUGGUUCACAUGACUAACGAAAAGUACAGCAUUGAUGUCAUAAACAAAUGGAUGGAAACAAAAUUUCUUAGAGUCCGGUCACCGAACUAUCAGAAAAUAGUGUCGGGAAGUAUGGGCACCGGUAUUAUCGUAAACUUUCGCAAUAAACCAUUGAUUAUAACCAACGAACACGUAACACGUGGCCAUCAAUUUGUAGACUUAAAAUGCAAUCACGAGACCGAAAAACGGAUCGGUUUAGUCGUCUACAAGAAUCCCGAACUGGAUUUAGCGCUCAUAUAUGUGUCGACACUAGAGUUUGGUCGUAUGCUUGGCUGUUGUACUAUCGAUACGGUUAACACCGAACACGAGUUUGGCGACGAAGUUAUAUCUCUGGGAUUUAGCCAAAAAAAGCGCGUCAUUAACAUGGGUUACGGCCACGUAGUUUGUACGGACACUUUUGCACCGAAGAUCAGUCACGAUAUCUUCAAUGUGAUUCCCGACUGUAGAUACGUAGUACACACGGCCGGCCAGUAUCCCGGGUUUUCCGGUGGCCCGACCGUAAAUUUGUCCGGCAAAUUGAUAGCCGUUAACAGUAUCGGAAGUCUUUCUAAUGAAUGUAAUUAUUCAAUACAUUUCAAUCAAAUUGAAAAUUUUGUUGACACCGGCACUGAAUUUUAUUAUCAACAAAUUGCUAGACGGGAUAGGAAUCACUCAGUGAGGUUAGGACUAAGCCUACAAUGGAGUACAUACUAUGGUCUAAAUGGUCUUAUGGUUAACGAAAAGUUUUGCCAAACACUGGGAAAUCAAAAUUUGAACAGAUUUGACAUUAUAGCUGAAAUCAAUGGACAACAAAUCAGAUCAUUGGAUCAAUUUAUGUAUGAGUUAAGCCGUUUUCCUGACAACAACAACAUACCGGUGCUUAUACGCAAUUUUUCGGGCGGACUUAAUCCACAGACUAUUAGAGUCCAACAAUUGUACAUAAAGUGGGUUUGA